UUAAUCUUUAUUGUUAAUGCAGUUUUGUGCACCUACAGCUGGACUCUGCAGUGUUUAGAAAAAUGAGUUACAAAGAUGAAUUUUGUUGGCAUCAGUGAGGCUUUUUUCUUCUUCUUCUAUGAAGACAAAAGCGUUACGUACACAAAGGGGCCUGGGCCAACACAGGUGUAACCACAGCAUAAACCUCCAUCACAUGACUUUCUAUAAACUGUGAAACAGUUACACCAAGCGUCUUUCUCAAGAGGGGGCUCCUGUGCUGUAAUAUGGCAUCUCGCUUACCUUUCCUAAGGCUUUUAACCUAUUUUGGUUCAACGCAUCAUGAUGAUGAGGAGGAAGAGCAGGCGAAAAUGACUGUCGAACCUCCAUCCACCUUAGAGAGAGUCAUCUCACCAUCUAAACCUAAAUUUCCAAAAUUUCGGAAAGUGAACUUACCAUUUUUCAAGAAGAAUUUACAAGUGAAGGAUACUGGCAACCAGACGUCAGAGAUUCCUUUGACUUUCAAACAGAACCUAAAAGAGCAGCACUUUGCAGUGGCAGGGAAGCAGCUGAUAAACCGUGAGGAGCGUCUGUUUUCAGUGAAACAAGAUGGGGUGGGAUCCAGCAAGAGUCUGGUGGAGGAAGAGGAGGAUUAUGAGGAAAGUCUGAGGAAAGACUUUGAAGAGCUUUUGGAGGAGGUAUGGUUGACAGUGGAGAAUUCCUUCGAGGUCCAAACAGAGAAUGAGAAAGAGGCGCUAAAACAAGCAGUCCUGGUCAUACAACAAGAGGAGGAACAGGACAGGAGAUGGGAAGGGGUGGCAGAAAAAGAGUGCCCUCCAUGGAGGCCUCGGUGCUGCAGGCAGACGCACGACUCUCUGCUUCAGAAUAUGGUUCAGCGGCGAAUGGAGGAGGCAAAGUUAGACUCAAACACUGACAUUAAAUCUUCAGUUCAAAAGGAAAUCACAGGCAAAGGUAAACAACUUAAGCAGGACCUGCUACACAUUGCAGAACAUGUGAGGAGCUGCUACCCAGGAGAGAAUGUGUGCCAACUGUAUGCCAAAUUAUACCAUCAGGAAUUUUGUGCCAAACUCAGGGAAAUCACUGAGUAUGGACUCAGUGAUGCCGACUGCUCACAUGUGCUGCAGUGGGUGAACAUACAUUAUCCCAGCAUCCUGAGGCGUAAAGAGCUUAAUGGGGUUAUUGAAUAUGAACAACUUGAAGCACUCCUGCCUUCAAACACGCUUGAACCACUGGAGGAGCAGUGUUUGACCCAAAUAGAGAAUGAGGUGCAGACAUGGUGCCUAAAUAUUCUAAAAGAGGAGAAAGCUGAGCCUGAAUUGAGGGAUGGAUGCUACUUCAGCCCCCUGGCCAUUGAUGCGAUCGAGUGUUUCCAUGGUGCUAUAAAGUUAGCACAGGAAAUGCUGGGCUCUUGUUCAAAGCCUCAGAGGAUCACACACCAGAUUAAAGAAUUCCUUAAUAGUUACCAGGAUUACCUUAAGAAUGUGACUAAGAGUAAUCAGGGGAACAGUAAUGCUGUACUGAAGGCCAACCUUCUGUGUAUCAGACAACUCAGGGAACACAUAAGAAAGAAUCAAGAACUCUUUCCUGCACAUAUCAGGACUGACUGCAUGGAUUUGCUCACUAACAUAAGAGAACUUUGCCAUGGCUAUUUCACCACAUCUAUACAUAAAGAUCUGAAAGGGAAGUAUUCGAAACUGGGUACUAGGGAGUGGCUCAAACACAGUGAACGUGUGUGUGGUGAGCUGCUUGAUGGAGUGGAGACACACAUUCAGAAACUUACUGACUUGGACAAAACAUGCCUUCAGGAGCUGAUCAGCCAUCUUCACAAAGAAGUGCUAGCAGAGUAUGUGAGGAAAACGAUGAAGAAGAAGAUCAAACUUGAAGAUGAGAGGGAACAACAACAGGCAGCUAAAGCAUUACAUGACAACAACCAGAAAAUACAUACUCUGUUUACUGCGGCUGGGUCAAACUUGUAUGACCUGAAAGACGUCUUGCCCAGACUUGCUGAAGUGCUGAUAAUAAAGGAUCCACAGUUUAUUGAAUUAGAGCUUGUGAAUCUGUCCAAAAGCUACCCUGACUUCAGUGAAGCUCAUGUCCGCGCCUGGCUGCAUCUCAAAGCAACCCUCUCUACCCCAGAGCGCAGAAUGAUCAAGAAGACUUUCUCAGAGUUACGGGAGCCAAACACACCAAAAGAAACUGAGAAUCAGGAGCAGGAUCCGCUCUACUCAAGCAGAGAUUUCUUCUCUAAAGUGCUUGUGAAAGGGAAUCUUAAACAGUGCUCCAGAGAAAGUGCCGACCGGAGCAAUAAUUCCCCCCCCGUCCCAUCAAACGUCAUUGGUGUAGGGGGCGAGGCAGGGUGUAUAAAAGAGGACAGAACAAGUAGACAACUUAGACUUAGCAGAGGUGAGAAGAUGAAGAUGACUAUUAAGCCACUAUCUACCAUAGAGAGAGCAAUCUCAUCAUCUAAAUCCAAAUUUUCAACAUUUCAAAAAGUGAACUUACCAUUUUUUAAGAAAAAAUUGCAGAAAACUGAAGAAGUGCAGGAUGAGCAGCACAGAAAAUGUCUGUGUGAGUGUGAAGAAGUGCAAAAUGACAUCCAGCCUGCAGAGAUUCCUUUGACUUUCAAACAGAACCUAAAAGAGCAGCACUUUGCAUUGGCAGGGAAGCAGCUGCUAGACUGUGAGGAGCGUCUGUUUUCAGUGAAACAAGAUGGGGUGGGUUCCAGCAAGAGCCUGAUGGAGGAAGAGGAGGAUUAUGAGGAAAGACUGAAGAAAGACUUUGAAGAGCUUUUGGAGGAGGUAUGGUUGACAGUGAAGAAUUCCUUCGAGGUCCAAACAGAGAAUGAGAAAGUGGCGCUAAAACAAGCAGUCCUGGUCAUACAACAAGAGGAGGAGCAGGACAGGAGAUGGGAAGGGGUGGCAGAAAAAGAGUGCCCUCCAUGGAGGCCUCGGUGCUGCAGGCAGACGCACGACUCUCUGCUUCAGAAUAUGGUUCAGCGGCGAAUGGAGGAGGCAAAGUUAGACUCAAACACUGACAUUAAAUCUUCAAUUCAAAAGGAAAUCACAGGCAAAGGUAAACAACUUAAGCAGGACCUGCUACACAUUGCAGAACAUGUGAGGAGCUGCUACCCAGGAGAGAAUGUGUGCCAACUGUAUGCCAAAUUAUACCAUCAGGAAUUUUGUGCUACACUCAGAGAAAUUGCUGACUAUGGACUCAGUGAUGCCGACUGCUCACAUGUGCUGCAGUGGGUGAACAUACAUUAUCCCAGCAUCCUGAGGCGUAAAGAGCUUAAAGGGUUUAUUGAAUAUGAACAACUUGAAGCACUCCUGCCUGCAAACAUGCUUGAACCACUGGAGGAGCAGUGUUUGACCCAAAUAGAGGACACACUCCAGACAUGGUGCCUAAAUAUUUUAAAAGAGGAGAAAGCUGAGCCUGAAUUGAGGGAUGGAUGCUACUUCAGCCCCCUGGCCAUUGAUGCGAUAAAGUGUGUCCAUGAUGCUAUAACGUCAGCACAGAAAGUGCUGGGCUCUUGUUCAAAGUCUCAAAGGAUCACACACCAGAUUAAAGAAUUCCUCAUUAGUUACCAGGAUUACCUUAAGAGCAUGACUGAGAGUUAUCAGGGGAACACUGAUGCUUUAGUGAAGGCCAACCUUCUCUGUAUCAGACAACUCAGGGAAUAUAUAACAACGAAUCAAGAACUCUUUCCUGCACAUCUCAAGUCUGACUGUAUGAGUUUGCUGGUCAGCAUAAAAGAACUUUGCCAUGGCUAUUUGACCAAGUCUGUCCAUAAAGAUCUGAAAGGAACGUAUGCCAAACUAGGUACUAGUGAGUGGCUCAAACACAGUGAACAUGUGUGUGGUGAGCUGCUUGAAGGAGUGGACACGCACAUUCAGAAACUUACUGACUUGGACAAAACAUGCCUUCAGGACAUGCUCAGUCAUCUUCACAAAGAAGUGCUAGCAGAGUAUGUAAGGACACUUAUGGAGAAGAAGAUUAAACUUGGAGAUGAGAAGAUUCAACAACAGGCAGUUGAGGCGUUAUGUGACAACAACCAGAGAAUACACACCCUUUUUAUUGAAGCUGGGUCUAACAUGUAUGACCUGAAAGAUGUCCUGCCACGACUUGCUGAACUGCUGACAAUAAAGGAUCCACAGUUUAUUGAAUUAGAGCUUGUGAAUCUGUCCAAAAGCUACCCUGACUUUAGUGAAGCUCAUGUCUGUGCCUGGCUGCAUCUAAGGGCAACCCUCUCUACCUCAGAGCUCAAAAUGAUCAAGAAAACUUUCUCAGAGUUAUGGGAGCCAAACACACCAAAAGCAACUGAGAAUCAGGAGCAGGAUCCGCUCUACUCAAGCACAGAUUUCUUCUCUAAAGUGCUUGUGAAAUAGGCCUUUGUUAUGCUCCACAAAGGUCCCUCUUGCACAUGUUGAGUUGUAUUUAAAAUGUUUUAUGAAAUGCACUGUAAAUCUCCAUCCAUCCAUCCAUCCAUCA